GCUUCCGGGUUCGACCGGAAGCUGCUUUUCUUGUUUACAUUCUCCGGGGCUCUGCGAGCUAGGAGGGAAUCGCUACGGCUUUUCCAAAACAAUGUCUGACAGUUGAUUAAAUUCGCGGAUUUAUUGCAGAUUUCUGCUCUAUUUCCUCUGUAUUGUUUUGGGGGUCAUGGCUUCCCCUCGCUGGUGCCGCCUCGGGGUGUCGUUACCGCUACUGCUGCUGCUGCGGUGGUCGGGGCUGCUGGCGGUGGCGGAGCAGGUUGCUCUGGUAGAGGUUUUCUUGGAACAGCGGCCAGGUGCGAGCGACCUGCUCCAGGGGGAGGUGGUUGAAUCCAGCCUGGGCGGCGGGAGCUCCGAGCAGCGGGACGAGGAGCGAGAAGAGCUGGAGGGAGAUCUGGUCCUGGUCCUGGUUAGAGAUGAGGUGACACCGGUGGAUGAAGGAAAAGACAAGGCUGACAUCAAAAAGCCAGAGCCGUGGAUCGGGGUUGUGCCCGUGGAGAUAGACGAAAGCAAAGCCUCGACUGGGAACCAGGAGUCCUUCGCUGAUGCUGUGGUCAAUAAAAUGAAGCGAGCGUUGGUCCUCGGAGCAUCGGCGCUGAUUAUUCUGGCUCUCAACCAAAACACCGUCAGUGAGAUGGAUUUGUCCCAGGUGCUGUCCAAGCCCAUCAUUGUGAUCCAGACAUCAGAAAAUGUGACCAAGCUGAUCGGAGCACUGCUCAGGGGCCUUCAGGCGACGGCAAAAAUCACAUACAAGACGAUCCUGCAGGACAACCUGGGAGCCACGCUCACGCUGUGGUCCAGCUGCGGGCGGUCGAGAGGAGGUCGCUACGGGGAGUGGCAGGGGGUCAUCUGCACCGGCGAGACCAACUCUCAGGUCCAGAAGUACCUGCAGCAGCUGUGGGACACCGUCCUCCUGGUGGCUCUGAUCCUCAGCACAGGAGUCAUCGUUCAGGCUCGCUGGCAGUACCAAGGCCGCCAGCUGAACGACGACUUAGAGCUCCUUCCCAAACAGGACGUUCUGAAGAGGAUGUCAUCCCUGAAGACCAAAAGAUACCGUCAGCCCAAACCCUGGUGUGACCCGUCGCAGCUGGCAGAGGCAGAAACCUGCGCCGUCUGUUUGGAGCCUUUUAACAACAACCAGUGUCUGCGGGUGCUGCCGUGUCUUCACGAGUAUCACAGAGACUGUGUCGACCCCUGGCUGCUGCUGCAGCACACCUGUCCUCUGUGCAAGCGCAGCAUCCUCGGCAGCAUCUGCAAAGACAGUUAACAGUCGUUUCAUCUCGGGGAAUCGGUCCACAUCCCGACCUCAGUGACACUUAUUUUUUGUUUUUGGUUAAAGCGACCUCAACACUUCCUCCUUCCAGCUGUGGAUUUGGGAGCAUAAACUUGUCAUUGCUGCUGACCGGCCAUCAGAUUUUAACCUUUACAAAAUACAGUGGUAGUUUAAAGCAGUACUAUGAAGUUCCCCACUGGUCGUGUUGUCUGUGAACAGAACUUCUUCUUGAAAUCUCGUUACUGUACAACUCUGUGUGUAAACAGCAGCAAAUGCAACUUUUUUUGGGAUCAGUAUGUGUAAAAACUGACAACCUCAGUAUCUGAGUCCGCUGCUGGUGCAAAGGCGUUCAAUGCUUUUAUGUUUUUAGUGUGGAUGUACUGAUCACCUGGUUCACUUUAGGUCAAAAUGAUGUCAGUAACCAACAACCAGGGAGGACUGAAAGUUUAAAAAAAAAUGGUCCUCUUUGGUACUUUGCAGUUCAGUGGUAGUUGUAGAGCUUCUGUAGUCGUAGUGCAGGAGUCGGUGUGUACCAGCUGGUGUCAUGUAGGGGAAAAAACCCCUCUUUGCACAUCCUUAAACUCCUCCAUUGCCAUUUAUGUAUUUUUUUCCCUGAUUCUCCUUUAAUCACACUUUGCAUACAUCAGCAGCCAGUUUAGUUUCACCGGUACGAUCGGUGAUGCUGAACAGGUAGGAUGGUGUUUGCAGCACAGAAGGAUUGUGUGCUGUGUAAAGAGUGCUCUCACAGCCGCUGCAGUUUUACUUUACAAAUCAUAGAUCUGCUGCAGUGUCCUUUCAGCUCCUAUUUUCUAUUUCAAUGAAAUAUCUUUGGAAAAUUUUUAUUCUGCAGUUUGAUGAGAAGAAUUCCACUCAUGUCUUUAAGAUUUAAAAAAAAAAAAAAAAAAAAAAAAAAAUUAAGCCAGACUGAAAUGACAGCAAAUCUGGCUUCAUCCUCAAAAAGUCAGAAUACCAGAACCUCGUCAGCUUUAUUCACAGCAGCGCUGCAGUUUGCAUUAUUCUGCAUCAGAAGUGAAACAGAGUUAGCAAAUUUUAAAAACAAAAGACUGAUUUUCAAAUGGGCUUAUGUUUGGAGAAAGAUGCACAAAAUAAGGUCACUAAAAACAAUUUUUUUCUUUAACAUAUAUAUAAAAACAUGAAGAGCUUGAAUUAUAAGAGCAAGUCUACUCACCGUGCACCAGGAAGGCUCAUCCUCUUUCCUUACCUGCAGGCUGACAGGUCCACAGUGUCAUUCAUGCUACCUCUUAGACGAUGGACAGACUCCCGCUCCAACAUCUGGCUGCAGCUGGCAACAGCAGUGCUUGUAAUGAGCUGCAGGGCUGCUAAUUUGGAUGUAGCCUGUGGACGGACCUUAAAUCUCUCUCCCAUCUGUGGCUGCAGAAAGAGUUCUGGUUGCAUACUUAAAAUUACCUUCAUCUCUCUUUCUUUGUUAGCUCAGUGUAAACUUUCAUAAACCCGGUUGUUACUUUCAAGUCUUGAAUAAAACAUCAGGUAGUGGGCAAACAGCAGUUUAUGCAACAGGACUUUUAUAUACAGUCUGUGCUCCACCCAGAAUCUGCAACGGCUGGAGAUGUCGCUCACAUGUUGACACACCAGGUUAACUGAGGCAUCAGGACAAAGUCUGUUAACAGCUGUAGUCCAAAAGGUGGUGUUGGAGUCUGUCCACAGGACUGAGAGGAAAACGAAUGAAACAGAGGACCAACAUCACUUCCUGUCCAGUCCUGAAAUCACAGAAAACAAUCAGGGCCAGAGGCUUUGGGACAGGUCAGGGUUAAAACUGACUGAAUAACGCCUUCAAGGGUGGGUCUGUCCAUCCACCUCUUUUCCAAAACAGUUUAUCCAAUUUAAGGUUGGAGGGAAAGUCCAGGUGAAGAGAGCUCUUCCUGUCAAAAGGGAGUUCUUCCUUUCCACUGUUGCCAAGUUCCGCUCAUAAGGUGGUGUCGUCUGUUUUUUGUGUUUUUAGUUUUCUCUCCCUGACAUUGUAAGAGGUUUACCUAACAGUAGUGUAUACCGUAUAUACUUAGAUAUAUGAAAUUUAACUGAACUAAAUCUACUGCACAAGAAACUUCAACUAGUUUUACAUUUUAGAUUACAAACCAAGACUAUCGUAUUAAUUAAUGAAGUGCAGAGGUGCUGAAAGGCAGAUUUGAUCAUGUUUGGACAGAGCUGAGCAUGAGUUUUGUUUUUUUUGUCCCUGCGUUUGCUGUAAGUGGCAGUAGAUUCAUACAAUUUACUAACACAGUAACAUUAUUCUCACCCGAUUUUAAGUAAAAAUGUCAAACAGCUCUUUGGAAGAAAUCAUAUCCAAACUGUGAUUACAUCAAAGUAAAUCUCUGCAGUGCAGAUUUGUGGGAUUCUCAAACGCUCAAGCACAGAAAAGAAACUGUGUACUUACCAAAGCUGAAGAUUAAUAAUUAUCACCGUUUUUACUCUGAAGUGUGUUCCUACUGCAGAACGGGAAUUUAAAUCUAAUGUAUUUCCUUACUUUGCCAAUAACCACAAACUCAAAGUAUGUUAAACAUAUAGUUUUAUUGUAUUUAUUUUGUGAUUUUGUUUUUGCAAUGCCAACUCCAAAAAGCAUAACUUUGUGCUGAAAUUAUUACAAAAAGCUCAUCGCUGAAUAGAAAAUAGCGUGUGCAUGGCAGCGUGUAGGAGGUUCUCCAGGACCAUCCUUACAGAAAGUGCUUCCAAACACAAACAACAGCAUCGUUAUGAGUUGGAGUUUCCUUAUUUAUAGUAAAGUCUGGACAGCAGUGGUGUGAGCCAGGUAGAUGAUGCACGCGUGCAGCAGCUUUCGCACAUGCUCGAACAGGACGAGUCGGCCGCUGACGUCCAGACUUGAUCUCCAGGUCAGUAAUUGUUCUUCCAGCUACAGUAGGAACUCCCAAACCCCGAACGUCUCCUCCUUUUAUUCCUAUGUAGUCUGUUUGUUGAUGAUGAUGUCAAAGAAACUUUGAUCACUCUGGAUCUUAAUAAUAAAAUGAUUUGUUACAUGGCAAAAA